AUGUCAGGGAAAGGAGCAAAAGGUUUGAUAACAGCAAACAGAGACAAGGACAAAGAUAAAGAUAAGAAGAAAUCAAUUUCUCGUUCUUCUCGCGCUGGUUUGCAGUUUCCGGUUGGGCGGAUCCACCGCCUUUUGAAGACGAGAACCACCGCUCAUGGCAGAGUUGGGGCAACGGCUGCUGUCUACUCUGCGGCUAUCUUGGAGUAUCUGACUGCUGAAGUAUUGGAACUGGCUGGGAAUGCUAGCAAGGAUCUGAAGGUUAAACGGAUUACGCCGAGACAUUUACAGCUUGCGAUCCGAGGGGAUGAAGAAUUGGAUACUCUGAUAAAGGGGACUAUUGCUGGAGGAGGAGUGAUUCCUCACAUUCACAAAUCUCUUAUCAACAAAUCUUCCAAGGAAUAG